AUGGUCGAUCACACAGUACCGCUAGGGCGCACAAACUCGCUACCGCCGGACCACCCACUACUACCAGACCGUUCUCCAUCACAAGACCACACACGGCCAUCGCACCACUCUACACCGCCCCAAUUAUUCAUCCAGGUCCCCCAAAACUCCCGUUUUCAGAUCCCCCAAUCCCAUUUCCAGGACUCUCCGCCGGUCCCCGACUUAUCCACCACUUUGGGAACCCUCAAGGAGGCGCCUCAGUUCACGUCGCCCCAGUUCACGUCGCCCACCGUCAGCGAUGCCAGCUUCGAAAGCAUCUCCCAGGUCCCAACACCUAUAAUCAACAACGGGUCAUUUGGUGCCCUCUCUCCUGUUGACAGCGGCCUCGAGUACCCCAAGACAAGGCGGACGACAUCCACAAAGCCACAGAAACCCCCUCGAAUUGUGUCGGAAUAUAAGCCCAUCGACCGCGCCGAUUUUGUUCCCCAGCCUCAUCGGGUUAGCUCGGUGCCAGGUCCUUCAGAAAAAACAUUGGGCCACAGCCUUCGGACGCUUCUGGAGGAGAGUCGACAAGAGGAAGAUGUCGAGCGAUUCUGGAAGCACCAGAUGUUUUUUCUGGCCAAAUUCGAUGCCUGGUUUAAAUUUGUCAAGAUCAUUGGGUCGGGCAGUUUCAGCCUUGUGGUGCUCGUGCACGACGUGGAUGACGACCGCCGCCAGGCCGCCAUAAAGAUCAUUUCUAUUCCCAUGAACAACAAGGCCCAGAUCAAGAACUUCAAGUAUUUCCUUCGUCGUGAGCUCUCCAUUUUGCAUCAACUCCACCAUAAGAACGUGAUCCGGCUCUUGGACUAUAAUAUCAGCUUGGACUUGGACUUGAGGGGGUGGGACGAGGGGCCGGGCGACGAGAGUGACCAGGACCACCAGGAUAUGGCCCGUGAGUUGUCCAACAGCAGCCUGAUAAAGGACCUAGCGUCGCUCCAGCAGAAUAAUCAUCAGCUACUCUUUUUGAACUAUUGUCCUGGAGGUAAUCUCUACGAGUUUCUGGUGAGAACGUUCAAGACGUGGAAUCAAGACGUGCGGUACUGGAGAGCAGUGGUACAGAUUGUGCGGGAGCUCGUGGUGGCUGUUGACUACAUUCAUACCAACAACAUUGUGCACCGGGACAUCAAGCUUGAAAAUGUGCUUCUCAAUUACACUCUUGAUGAACUCAUGGAGGAACCGCACUUGGAGGGCAUCACGUGCCUCACCGACUUUGGGUUGGCAAAGAAGCUCCUGAGCAGCAGUCAAAUGCUCUCCACCCGGUGUGGAUCGCAGGACUACGUGGCGCCAGAAAUCCUCAUGGGGUUAAAGUAUAAUGGAGUUUUAACCGAUUCCUGGGCGGUGGGGGUAGUGAUCUACUGCCUAGUAGAGAAUCGACUCCCAUUCGACCUCCCGUCGUACGACGACAUGGCCCAGACGGGCAUCUCGCCGCUGGUGAUCAAGAGGCGCAUGGCCAAGAACUCACCGGCCCAUCGUAUUGCCAUGAUAGACUGGGACUGGUAUACGGCGUCGGAUUUGGUUGCAAAUGCGAGUGAUGAGAUGAGCCUGUUGAUUCGGGGCUUACAGCUGGCAGUCGACGUGUUGUUGGUGCGAAAGGAGCGCCGUAAGUCGGUGCUGGAGAUGCUUGUCAGUCCCGGGUUUGAGUGGGUUCGUCGGCCUUUGUAA